AUGCGGAUUGGGCGGUGGACUGAAUCUGAAAGAAAAACGCAUUUCUUCCCUUCGCCUCGUUGGGUUGUUUUCACCGUCGGCAGAACAUCUGUCUCAAGCUGCCCUCCUCCAUUCGGGUUUCUACAAGAAACGGCCUGUGCAGUGCGGGUUCGUUCGCCACCUUCCUAUUGCGUGGUAGCUGGGAAAAUUUUGUCUUCCGCCAGGCCGCUGAGUGGGUGCCGUUUAGUGAUGUCAAUGGCAGUUGAUCGAUUGCCAAUUGCUGCAGAUAUGCAUGCUGUGUUUAACUGCUGCCAUGUCUACUACUGCAGCAUGUUAAGCAUGUAG